AUUCCGAUUUUACCGUAAAUUAAAUUCGUUAACAUAAUAUUAAAUUUACAGUGUAGGUAGGGCGAAUACUAACGUUUAAAAGUGAACAUUAAAAAUGCAGCCCGACGAGGCUGUUAGUAGCAGUCGAAAUGAAUCGGAACCGCAGCUCCUUACAGAAUUUCUUAAGGCAGUCAAUGCUGAAUACACUCAACAGAACAGAUCGCAGACUCCCGUGCCGGUAUCUGAGGAAGCAAUAGCUCUAUUAUGCAAGCUAUUAAAACGUCUGCAUAAUAUAGAGAUAAAACGAACUUCAGCUAAACAAUUCACCGAAGGCGUACUUGAUUUUAUUGAUAUGAUGGUUGUGUUUUUGUCGAACCAAAAGAAAAUAGACUACGUCCAGGAAACUAAAUACAUUAACUUAAUUUUGGGGUCAUUUAAGACCAAAUAUUUAAAAAAUGCUUUCGUCGUCGAAGGAACAGCUAGAAUAUUGGAAAUGUUUAUGUAUAAUAAUCUUAGCGAUGCUGGUAAAAAAAUCCUGCUUAAAAUAUUCAAUAAAAUAGAUACCGGCGUGAACGAGCAACUUAGGACGGAAACUGCCGAAGGACUGCUUUCUUACAUGUUUAAUAUUAUAGAUUCUUUAAGAAAUUAUGGCGAUUAUACGUUGCAAACCGAUAUUAUGGAAGCGAUAUAUCGGAUUUUUGGAUAUUAUAUUAAAAAAUUACCUGACGAAGAUUUCGAGAAAUAUAUGAUUGAGCCAAACAGCAGAGAGUUGGGCGUAUCCCUGAAAGAUAUCGAUAAUAGCAAUUUUGAGAAUCGUAUACGGAUUUGGUUAAACAAUUACAACACAAGAUCAAGUAAUAUUUUUUCGAUAUUGUGCCAGUCUGUCACUAUUGGAUCGAUACAUUGUGAUCCCACCGAUGAGGCAUUUGAUGGCAAAAGUAUAUGGGUUGACUUUAACAUUAAAGAUGGUAACUUAGGCUUUUUUGUUUCUGAUGAGCUCGGUUGGGGUAGGCUUACGCUAUUAGCCAAAUAUGUUACUAAUGUGCAAAUUAAAAGGCCUGCUGAAAAUAGAGGCACGACAGUCAUAUUAUCGAUGAACUUUAAAAAAUCCAUUAUUUGCGAUACGGCUAAAGAAAGUAUAUGGAAGUCGGCUGAUAAACAUCUGCAAUUAACCAUAUGCAAAGAGGAUAAUGAAAAGCAGCUAAACCGACUUAUUUCACAUGUAUUACCUAAAAUGUUCAAAGAUACAUUUAUUCAUACUUCCAACCGGAUAUCCGAACAAACGAAAGCUGUUUACAAGCCACUGAGAAUUAAGAUAUCCAGGAAUCGUGCGGUGCCGUCAGAUGUCUCGAGUAUCCUCACAACUAGUGAUGCAGGUAGCAUUUCAGACGAUCGGCCACCGUCCGAGCGACCUUUGAGUGUUAUGACGACACGUGAUGUAGAACAAACACCUUCGGAAUACGCUUCGUCGCUGUCAUCUAACCACGUAUUACAACACCAGUUUGCUUCCACUAAACCUUUUCGAUCAGUGGAUUCCAUUGCCUUAUCGGAUUUUACCCGUUAUUCUACCACAAGAACCGAUUCAGUAGGUGGAAAUAGCCCUGUUCCGUCCAACUACCUGGACGACGAUGUUUUAUCACCGGAUAUAUUAAGUGAUGAUUAUAAUGUGGAUGGAGUUCGCGAUAUUGUUCAGGAUAAUAUAGUAACCUCAAGCCUUAAUAUCCUUGAUUUGGAAGACCCCAAGCCCGAAAUGUCGUCAGGCGUAUUUUAUAGCAGUCCACCCAUUUUACCAUCUUCACCUAAAUCACUUUCGGACGACUUUCGAUUCUGUCGUUCUGAAAUGUUUACAUCCUCUCCGGUAAAACGAUCUCGCUACUUCGCAAGAGAGUUACCUUUAAUCGAUACAUCUAAGAUAAACCAACAUCCUGACCCUAUUGGUGCAGAUGUACAGGAUGCUAUUGAUUUUGAAACUGUUCACAAUAAUAAUGAAAAUAUGGCCCUUGCAAAUAAUUCGACGCAAGAAAAUGUCGUUAAUGUAUUAAACACUGAGGAGGCGGACGAGGUUAUUAGGAAUAUGGCUAUUAGAAAGCAAACCUUGCUACAGGGGAAAUUCCAGUAUAAUUCUGCAUCGCAAAAAGAUAUUCUUGGUGAUCAAACAGCUCAAAAUUCCAAAGAAACUCAAAGUUCUAGUUUCUUUGAAACUGAACAGAUUUCUAGGUCUAUGUCGCAAAACGAUACAAAUAUCGAAAAAAGCAAAAGUAAAGAUAAACAGGAUGCUAAAAGUGCUUGCAACGAACAGCAGCCUGAGCUAAAACAAUUAAGUGUUGUGGUGUCAAAACAGGUAACCUCUAAAAGAGAGAUAAAGUUGCAAAAAGAAUUAGAGCCUCAACAAAUUUCCAAUAAUACGGAUAUGAUUAACAAAUCGGCCCAGGAACUUAGGGAAAGGGUCCCAGAGUUACCAUUAAACACAUCUCAAUCUGGUAUCCAAAUAAACGAAGUGGACAAUUUCAGUUUGGCCGUAAAUGUGGGUUUACCUGAUACUCAGUACUCCGAAAAGCCUUCCACAGAACAAACUGUAUCAAAAAAAGGCGAAUUAAUGGAGCCGGCAGUUAUAGACUUGUCUAAGACGGAUGAUGAAGAUGAAAAUACUUCUGCUGACAGAGAUAACAAUAAUGUGAAGACAGUACCUGCCAAAAAACCAAGACCAGAAGAGAAGAAAAGUGAACAGCCCGUAGAUGAGGCAAUGAUGAACACCGCUGAAUUGCUUACGGUUUUGAAUAAUAGUCAAUCGCAAGGGGUCGGAGAGCAAAGUACUGAUGAAAGUGUUUAUGAAGCACCAACUAAAAUAUCUACCGCAGUCGUAAAGGAAGUACCCAUAAAAAAAACCAAAAGGAAUACCAAAGUAAAAGCAAAAGAUAAUGAUACCUCCUUCAGAAUUAGCUCUAAAAUAAAGGAAACAGAUCGUAAUAUCUUUGAUUACAUUCUUGAUACAGUACAUUAUGUGCCUCAAGUACCACGCAGUGCAAAGCAAAACGCCGCAGGCAAGAUAUCAAAUUGUCUUCAGCUAGAAUCGAUUGAUGAUCCAAGGAAUGACAUUCAUUUUCUAAAAAAGAAUGACAAAGAGGAGAUCGGAAAAAAUCAACAAAAAUCAGAUUCUAAAAACGCAACUAAAGAUUUAAUAUCCACCGAAGCAAGAUUUAAUAAAGGAUUUUUAAAUAAUCCAAGAAGAAGUAGGGGAAAAUCUUCAUUAAAGCAGAAUAAAGAAAACGAUCGUCCCACUAGUCUACAAAAAACUAAGCGUAAUAUAACAAUAGAAGAAGAUGAACUAGACGAUGCUGAAAAUAAAACUAAGCUUAGUAAAUUCGUAAAUACAUGGGGAAUACCAGAUGACGUGAUGGACGAUUCCCCUUCUGUUAAGGAAAAAGCACAAGACCGUGUAGCUUCAAGCCCUGACAAAAAAUCGAUAGCUUCGUCAAAUAUUGCAUUGAAUCAGAAAACCGACCAAACAGGUCCAAACGAUAUUAUUUUGCAAGAAUCUGUAUCCACAGCGUUCGUCGUUUCAGCUCAGAUACACCACCCUAAAGAGCAUGAAGAUCCAAAAAAUGUUUUGAAUACGCCCACUGAAACAGCAGUAAGACAAGUUUCUCCCGAUCAAGUGCAAGAGAUUCAAGAGUUUCAGCAACAACUUGACGUAAUUAAUGUAUAUCGCGAAAAGGACGUACGCACCUGCAAAAAAGCGAAAAGGAUGCAAGCAGGUGAUCGGGGAAAAACCACCAAUACUAUCGUGAAAACCUCAUCCCAUCUGGAACAGGCUGUUGGACGGGAAAAAUCUAUUGAAACAGAUGCUGCUAUCGAAAAGAAUUAUGAACAACAGGAUUUUUCUUAUUCAGAAAAUACAGUGGAUUUAUCUAAAAGAUCACCAAGGCCAGUAAAUGAAGCUGCUGCUGAUCAGUGUAAAGGUAGUCAAAUUGUAAAUGAAGGAGAAAAGUCUACGCAUAUUUUCGGCGAUACCCUCCGGCAACGUGAAAAGGAACUUGAAGCAGAAAAAGAUUCUGUUCAAACAGCUGCUGCACUAAUAGAGGAACGUCCGCAACAGGAGUUUCCUUAUUUAGAUAAUAAAGUUGACUCAUCAGAUCCAGUGCCAAGUCAAGUUACUACUGUUAAAGGUCUUCAUAAAAAAAAACCCCAAAUAAAUAUUCACGAAAUAUUAAUUUUUCCGCCAAAAGCAGAACUCGAGGCCAGCACGAAGACAAAAUUGGCCAACACAGGUACUAAAUGCAAUCCAACUAAAAAUCAAGAAAAGAAGAAGAGAGGCAUUUUUGAGGAUAUUUCGUUAAAACUAGAGCAAGAGAUUAAUAAAGUAGUAGAAAAAAAAUCCGAUAAGCGAAAAAACUUUUCGGAUCUGGAAAUAUCAUUAGAUAUGAACGAAUUAAAACCUUCCGAAAAAAAGGACAAGAAGAAAGUAGGAAAAUCUAAAAAACCAACAGCCUGCAAUAGGACCAUCAAAAAACAACCGAUACUAGAGAGAAAUCAGAAAGAUAAACCCGAAAGCGAAAAACAAAAAUCUUUAGUAGACUUCCUGCUAGAAGAUGAAGAGCAUUUCGAGAGAAAAAGCACGAGUGAUGAUUUAUUUUCAAAACGGAUCGAAACAUCAAAACCGCUAAACUUCUCGCACCCGGAUAUUUUUGAUCCGACCAAUGCUGAGGAUUCGAAUUUAAACACAUUAACUGACAGACCGGAAUGUUUGCUCUCAAAUAAAGAGCAUAUUGAGGACCCUAACGAACGCUUAACCCCGGAACCGGUAGCCAUCUCUACGGCUCUAGACCAUUCCCUAUCGAAGUCCAAAUCUAAAGGAGAUGUAGAAGAUCAUUUAAGAAGUGAAGAAAAAAAAUCGUUUACUCAACUUUAUAAUGAGACCAUAAGAAACAAAGAUCAGAGUAAUGGAGGCGGAUCAAGAAAAAAAAGGAAACUAUACAGACCGGGGAGCUUUUCCCUAUUAGACCAAACUAUUGGUCUGUUAGGAGCUUCCACGCCUCCUGAAGACUUGGAUGACCUUCCAUCAAAAACAACUUCAGUAACAACUAAAAAAAGGAGAUCUGACAAAAUGGUCGAGAAAACAGCAAAUAAAUUAACAAAUACGAGAAAAUAUAGCAAACCGAAUACAAGAAAGAAAUUAAAAACCGGUGAAGACCGAAUGCACGUGAACGAAUUGACAAAUAUUUUUAACUCGGGGCUUGAUAGAGACCCGUUAAAAUUUAAGUGUCCACAUUGUCGAAAAUGUAUUCAGUUUAGUGCAACUAGACCUCUCUCUCCUUGGAUUAGCGAUGUUAAUUGCUGCCCACCCAUCACGCCGACUAGUGAUGAUGACAAUUUAGAUAUCGUAGACUCUUAUAUGCAAGAUACAGUUCCUAAGCCAUCGAAGACCCAAAGUUCAAAUAAAAUUAAUAUUCUAGGACACGUAAGGGUAUUACCGGGCAAUUCUACUAUAGUAGAAUUUCCUAAUGCAAUGGGGAAUGUUAGCUCUGCUGCAAAUCAAGUGCCAGCUGUUAGUGGACCGCCUGAAAGCUUAGCCAACUCGGUUAAUUUGACAGUUCCAGAUGAAGGAGCUUCUGUUCAAUGGGUGCUUCAACAAACCAGAAGUUUCUUUCAAAAAUUAGAAGAAACUCUUCUUGUAAGAAGUCGACAAGAAUAUUAAGAGUAAAGUCGCUAAGUUGCGUUAGUUAACAUGUUAUUUGUUCUCGUUUAAAUUUGAUAGUAUAAAGUUAAAUGUUAAAUUAUUGUUGAAUUAUUAAAAUAGUUUAUUGUGAA